CAGCCAGUUUUUCUCAAGAGAUAGAAGAAGAAGGUCACAACGCAACUCACAAAUCUACGUCGUUUUUAAUUAGAUUCGAUAAAACUAAUUGUUGAGUAUCACAAGCUUGGUGAAUCUAUAGAUUACUCGUAGGAGCAACAAUCGCAACCAGCGGUUCUUUUUCAACGUGGAGUGGUUCAAAAUCCAUCAACCCAGUUCGAAGGAAGCUCGGAUCAGCGACGUAUCAUAAUUCCACCCACCGGAAUACUUUUUGUACGCAACGAAACUCUGAACUCGUCGUCUAUAAUACUUCGUAGCUGGUUUCACUGUGCGAUAACCGCGUAAGGAAAACGCGACUAAGCUAUCGAUUAUUAAAUGUUGCUCUUAAUAAUCAUUAUUGCAACGCUCACGUUGCCGACUCAUGGAAAGCGAUUCUAUAUUACCAAUACGGGAGUCUGUACAGACUGCCGGUGGACCGAUGAUCGGAAGUACCAGUGGUGCACAACUGACACGUGGGAUUACUGCUCUACAUCACCAGGAUAUUCUUCGAAAAACAAAAAGUGUAAAUCUGAUCAUGCCUGUAACGAAUACGGAUUCUCGUACUUGUGGUGUUAUUUGGAAGAAGGCGGCUGGGAUUACUGCUCCCACAUCGAAGAUACAACGACAAGGCAAUUUUCUCACACAGCGAAAGAAUGCCAAAGCUAUUGCGAUAUCAGAGAUAAAGAUUAUAAGUGUCGCUCCAAGGAUCACGAGUACGAGUAUUGCUCGCUUAUGGAUGAGCUUACUUCAGAUGGGAAAGCAUGCCGGCACGAAUCAAACAACGCCGAAACCUACUGUGACUUUCACUCGAAUGAAUACAAGUGGUGUAGAGUUUCUGGAGGAUCCUGGGGUUACUGUUCUACAGUAGAAUUUGACAAUAGUCUUGUCAAAACGGAUGUUGGGACCCGGCAAAAAAGAGCUGCAACGUCGACGUGCGGGCGUAAUGGUACGACAGUCAACAUUCUCCACCAAAUCGAACACCACCUUACGGACAGCAAGCGUCUCGUAACUACUAUUUUCCGUGAAAAUCAUGAUUCGUCAAUUAUUCGACGUGCCACUGGCACUCGGUUGGACGAUGCCCGAAUAGUUUUAUAUAGAUGGCACGCGGGUGCAAGCUCCGAUCGUGCAUUGCAGUUCAGGACUGAGCAAAGUAACGGGCAAAUUCGUUUGGAAAGGCAAGGAGUAUUUUCGAACAAUUACGGAGAUUUUAUUAACUUCCAGCUGCAAAUCAAUGAUGAACCUAUACGACCGUCUACAGUUGCUCAAGUGAAUAUUCCAGUGAACCUUCAAGGAUUUGAUUUACGGGGCUAUAAGCGUAUUUUAGUUACCGGUCUUCAUCUCAGCUUGAACAUCGGAGGCAGAGUUUGGAUUCUCCAACAGCACUUGGGUCGUUGCGGAGUAGUACAAUGCCCUUGUCUAUAGCUUUUCAUCAAAAAAUAGCUUUUUCAUUCAAGCAACAGGAUUGCACGCGAUAUACGAACCGAUAGAAAUAAAAGGUUCUUUGCACUUUGCAUGUGCUUCAUUAUUUGCAGUCUUUCAAAAAUUGAAGCUCCGUAUUUUUUGUAACUUUGAUCAUAUUAAUACUCAUGAUACUCAUGAGACGGUAAGACAUGUAUCAUUCUGGUUAUUUAAACUUUUAAAUAAAAUUUGGAUAAUUUCGAAGC